AGAAAAAAGGAAAAAACUGAAUUGGAAGACGAUGAAAUAGAAAUUAGCUUUCAAAGUUAACAUAAAAAAAGUAAAGACAAAGAAACAACACCAAAAAAAACCCAAAAAAACCCAACAAACUUGAACACUCUAUUAGACUGGUGCAGCUGAUGAACAGGAUGUUCCUGGUGUAUUUGUUACUUGGUCUAUCAGGUCUGCUUGGCUCCCUGUCCGUGACCUCAGGCCUGUCGGUGAUGAUCGAACACACGGUCAACAUUCCUUGUAAUCGUAGGUGUUCUACAGUUGAAUGGUAUUGGAAGAAAAUCCAGGUCUAUAAUUUCACUGAAGGAAAUCUCAGGGUUGCUCCUGAGUUUGAAGGCAGGAUUAAGUUCUCUGAAGUAAACGUGAGAGAAGGAAACGUCUCCCUCACUGUAACCAGCGUGGAGUACAAUGACCGAGGCUGGUACGUGUGUUCCUGUGAUGGACAGAAGGACUGUGAUCACUACCUGGACGUUCUCGUUCCAACUCAAUUAACUGCUGCUAUUGGAGAUAAAACGAUGGUGUCUUGCUACGCUGAAACAGACAAACUCACAUCCGAAUCGAACGUCAACGUCCGAUGGGAAAAGGAUGACAAGCUGGUGGUGAAGCUAGAACACGGAGAGAUGGAGUUUGGUCCAGGAUUUGAAGAACGGUUUUCUGUAUCCAGAGAAGAUUAUAAGAGAGGAAACCUCUCUCUAACCAUUGAUGAUGUCAAGAGCUCCGAUGCCGGAUUAUACAAAUGUUCUGCUCUGAAUGGAAAAAACAAAACCCCUGAGAUCGUCACUCUUAUCGUUACAGCACAUGACACCGUCAGUGUGGUGAGCGGUUACAUAUUCAUCUUCCUAGCUGGUGCUGCUGGUGGUGUUCUGUUGGCAAAUUGGAGAAAACUAGCUGCACUUCUCUGUUGUCAGAUGUAUCAGCACCAGCCAGUCUUAGGAGCUGAGGAGAAAUGAAACAGCUGCUAAUUCAAUGGUUUUUUUUAAAAGAUUUUUUUAACUUGAAGUAUUAUUUGUUAUUUGUUUACAGAUCUUCUGUAUCUUAUCUUCUGACUUUAUCUUUUGUUCUCACAGCAGAAUAUUUUAUAAAGUCAUAAACAAAAGUCUGUAAGUAGCUCAAUGGUUAAGGCUCUGGGUUACUGAUCAGAAGGUCAAACCUGGGCACUUUUAAUCUACCUCUUACCUCUAACAACUUACCUCUAACAACUUACCUCUUAUCCUUAUCUCUUACCCUUACCUCUUAUCCUUGCCUUACAAUAAUCAUCCCCAUACCUUUUCCGUGAAAUCUGACUGUAGUUUGGAUGUAUAAUGCUUUCUCUGAGUUUUUGGGAACCAAGAAACCUUUUUUGGGAAACCGCCAUAUCUCAAUCCCAUAGUACAACCUGGAAUUCUGUAAUAAUGUCACCAAAUUAAGCAGAUAGUCAUCAAAAACAAGUUCAGUUCUUUACUAAUGUUAGGAAUGAUGCUUACUGUCAACUAGAUAUAGUUAUGAUCAGUGUUGUCACUUUCUGUGCUUGUAAAUAUUGUUUAAUACUAAUCUGAUCGAUCUGAUCAUCAGCCCAAAGACUUAACCACUGAUUAUCUUGAGCUAACUGACUUCUAAUAGCUUUCAUUUCUUUGCACUUUAAAUAUAAGCUUAAAAUUUGUUUUAAUCGCAUUUAUUAUAGAAAAAUGCAGGGAAAAAUAUCCUGCUGUUUCCACUCACUUGAUUAGUUGCCUUUUAUCUUUCAUAUUUUAUAAUGUGAAUUAACAACUACAAAAAUUCAGGUACAAUAAACACCUCAGAACCAGCACAUGGUUUUAAACAUGAAAGCAAAUGGUUCAAUAGUAAUUUUCUACACUGUGCACUGAGCUGCUACUUUAGCUGCUGAUUAUAGAUCAUGGUCUUUACCUGAACACUAAAAAGACUCUGUCUUCUCGCUCAGCACUCUCAGUGCCACUAUUAAAGUGUUUCCUGAUAUUUUCUUGAAAUGCUGAUAGCUUAAAAAGUUUUAAUUUGAGAUGCAAAUGUCCAGUGUCAUCAUGUGAUAUUUGAAUCUACAGAUUAAAUCUAGCAUUAACAAGUUUUUGCACAAAACAAAAAUGACCUCAUUAGAUGGUUCUAGAUUAAUUACUUAGCUAAAACAUGUAAUAUUACUUGUGAAAAAUUUAAUAUAGAAUGACUGGAAAUUAAUUGAAUGUUCUGAUUAUUUUGUCCCUAUUUUCAUUUAAAAUUUCAUAAUUUUAUAAAUCCCCCUUUUUUUCUUUG